UGAAGCCUAUUUAAUCAUAACGUGAUUAAAUAUACAAUAAUAUAGAAGAAAGUUUAUGCAAUUCUAUAUUAAGGCACGCGCUUGUGCGCACACAUAAUAAUUUCUAUUAAAAAUUAAAGAAAACAAAGCCACACAAUAUGGCCGAAUUUGACGCGAAAAUAAAUAUGUCUCUUGAUGAAAUCAUAAAACUGGACCGCAAGGAAAAAAAGAAAAAUGUCAAUGGAAAACCAGCUAUCAAGAGAAACUUGAGAAGAAAUAAUACAAGAGGUACAGGACGUCCACGUAAUGCUGCCGGUGUUGGAACUAAAACUUUUAACGCCAAUUUUAAGAAGAACUUUAAUAAAAAUGGAGUUACUGCUAACGCGAAAAAACGCAACCAGAGUCAGGCUUGGCGGCUGCAGAGAGGCCGAAAUGCUAAUCAGCCCAACAGUGGGUUUGUUACUAAGAGAUACAAGCAGCAGAAUGGAGUUGUUAAGAGAGCCAAGCCUGGAUUUGCGCUGAAAAAUAAGCAACAACAACAGCAGAUUAACAAGAAAGCGCUCGCUGUUCGUCGCACAAAGAACCCGAGAUUCGGGUUGACUAGAUCGAGGAGUCGUAACAACCUAUCUACGAUUCCUGUUAAAAAUUUUUCACCCAACUCUCGAGUACUCAAGAAAACAAACAGCCUCCCAGAUUUGCGUAACCCCAAUUCGGUUCACAAUCGUCUGGGAUAUCAGAGUCUAAAUCAAGUUGCGUACAGAAAUCGCGUUAAGAGAGCUAAGAAAUUGUUACUUCAGCUUCAGAACAAACAGAAACGCGCCGACGAUCAGCUGGUGUAUCGCCCGGCAAAAGCACUGACAGCAUUACAACGACGCGCAUUCGAGCGUCGCCAGCAACAACAACUUUUAUCAACGCAACAAAGGAUGUACAACGCCGGUGGACUUCGUUCUGAUCAAAUAUUACGCACUCAGCGGCGUGCUCAAUACGCUCAGAAACUUAUGAGACAAAACGCUACUAGAAUGAAUCCAAACGUCAAUUUUAUGUGUACUCUUGGAGAUGAGUACAGCAUGAACCGCCAGAUGACUUUCAACCCAGGUCCGCCUCGUAAUUUGGCAAAUAUGCGUCAUAUGUCUCGAGAACGGUCACCUUUCAGACCCACUAUGCAGAACUCCCUUCCAAGACCACAAUUCAUAAGAUCACGAAGUCGUUCACGGUCUCGCUCACGCAGCCGUGCCCAAACUGUGGCGUCAAUACCAGCAAAUCCUGACGACCGGACCUUCAGCCAAGUUAUGUACAGUGUUUCCAACAAUCUUGGAGUUACUGGCAGAACUCUUAACGACAGAUUUAGCUUCUAAUUAAUUAAUUAAUUAACUAACUUAAUUAUAAUGAUAUUAAUAUUAAAAUAUAUUUAUCAAAGACUGCGACAGGCGUUUAAAUCAUGGUUAGCAGCAAUUAAAUAUGCGUAAUCGUACUAAGUGUAUGAUCUAUUGUGCUGAUGCACUGUUGUAUAAAAUAUAUUCUAUAAAAGAAUCGAUUGAUUACAUUUAAAAUUAAAAAAUUAAUAUUAAGUUUA